AUGGCACCGCAAGUUUGGUUCAUCACCGGUGCCUCCUCGGGCUUGGGUCUAUCCCUUUCGCUGUACGCACUGUCAGCCGGGCAUCAUGUCAUCGGGACCGUUCGCAACGCAUCAAAGUCCGCAGAUGCAGUCCAGACAAUUCAAAAUAAGGGCGGAAAGAUCGUGGAGCUAGACGUUACCAAGGCCGAUGCUAUUCCUGAAGCAGUGAAAAAGGCAGAAAGCUUUUACGGGAAAAUCGAUGUAUUAGUGAACAACGCGGGGUACUCAUUAUUAGGCGCCGUGGAGGACCUGAAUGACAAAGAAAGCGCACUCCAGAUGGAAACUAAUUUCUUUGGUCCUCUCCGAGUAAUCCGAGCAGUGCUCCCUGGUAUGCGCGGCAACAGGAGUGGAACGAUCGUGAACAUUAGUAGCGUCGCUGGUCAAGAUGCUUUGCCUUCUUGCGGGUUGUAUUCUGCAAGCAAAUUCGCACUGGAAGGUCUAUCUGAAUCGCUGAGUCGUGAACUUGCACCGUUUAAUAUUUCAGUUCUUGUGGUGGAACCCGGUGCUUUCCGUACGAAUUUCCUGUCGGCAGUUCAGAGGAACGAGAGCGGGCUUAGUGAACCAUAUAAAGGUGGACCGGUGGAUACCAUGCUAGGCAAUUUCGAGUCAGCACAAGGCAAACAAAAAGGAGACCCUGAAAAGGCGAUCGCUAGGAUCUUUGAAGUCGUCACUGGAGAGGGCGCCGCUGGUGGACUUAAGGGGCAGAUUCUAAGAUUGCCACUGGGUCCGGAUUGCGUGCAAAGAAUGCAGGCGAAGCUGGAUAAGGCAAAUGCUGAUCUCAAUGCUGCGCGCGAAUUCGCACUGAAUACCAACUAUGAUUAG